AUGAAUUCCUGGUAUACUAUUGAGACAGAAUUUAUUAAGCUUAAUAAAAAAUAUAUUUUAUGGAUUUUAUUAUUCAUUAUUAGUAAAUUUACUCAUUUCUCAUUUAUUGAAUGUAAUACAUUUCAAAGUCAUUUAAUUUAUUGGGAUCCAGAUAAUAUUGUAUUUCAAACAAAACCUGUACCACUUCUUCGAGUGAAACCAAAAGAUGAAAUUAUUUUUGUUUGUGCCCAAGAAUCACUUUACAUAUUGUGGACUUAUGAAUUCAAAGUAUUUGAAUCAUGUUCAAUGUGGUUAAAUGAUAAUCUAAUGGUUAAUCUUUUAUUAAGAUGUCCAGAUAAAUCAAAUCGAAAAUUACAAAUGCGUCAAAGUACUAAUCAUAUUUCAAAAGAUAAAUUAAACUUGAAAUAUUCCCAAAAUUUAUUCAUUAAAAAUCAAUCAAGUUUAAUGAGAAAUAGUUCAAUAGUUGAAAAUAACAAUAUAAAAUCCAACAAAUAUUCUAAACGUUCUACAAAAAUAUUCAAUAAACGGUCGUCGUCAUCAUCAACAUCUUUGAAGUCAUUAAUAUCACAUUCCCCAUUAAUUGAUCGUAAAAAGCAUCCAUCACAAUUUACGUUAUUAGUAGAAGAAUUUGCAUGGGCUAAUGGAAAUCCAAGUUUUCCUGUUAAUCGUCCAGUUUAUUUUCUUGCUCAACCUAGUGUCUGCCAUUCAAGAAACAUGCGAUUGGGAAUCGUGAAUGGAGAUUUCACUGGAUUGCUAUCUGAUCCAUAUGUUAAUCGAUUUCAAACAUUUUGGUUCACAAAUAAUUCUGGUCUUAUCCCAUCACUAAAACAAAAUUCAUCAUUUUUAUCAAAAUCAGAUCCAAAUAAUUAUGAUCCAAGUAUACAAAAGAAUAUUUUAUCGAAUGACAAGCAAGGUUUAUGCUCAGCUGCUUCAACCUCAUCAUCAUCUUUGUCUAUUGUAAAUGGUUACUUUAAAAACUUAUUAAAGAUUCUACUUGUUAUAGAUUUUAUUAUUCCAAUCAUAAUAUUUUACAUUUGUUUAAAUUAAAUGGAAUUGUAC